CUGGGCAAGCUUUCAUGUCACUUGUGAGGUGCACGGCGAAGGUGACCUUUGAAAAUAUGUCUCCUAUUAACUCUUUGAUUGCCUUACGGGAUGUAUUCACGACCAUCAUCUACAGGGUCAGUCCCAGAGGGGCAGCCAUAUUACAGAAUAUGAACUUCAAGCCAGACGGCAGUGAUCUCAACAAUAACAUAUGCAAAAAACCGAUCAAGCUUGGCUUUCCCAACAGCAUGGGAAAGUGUUUAGGGGAGAUGUACAAACUCUGCAAUGAAGGAGAUAUGGUUGACGUUUCGUACGCAACAUCAUUCGUUGCUGCCGUAACGUGCGGCUUCACCGAGUUUGCCACCACAACGCCAAUAGAUAAGUUCCGUGGCGUGGUCUGUGACAUUUUGAUGGGCUCUAAAGCCGUGUUUGGAAAGAUUCCAUUCGUCGGUUCUGGUACUUACGAGUUGGCAAAGAUUAUAUUCUGUUAGCCUGCCUCGACUAAACAACUUCAUGUUUCCGAAAUUCGUACUACAUUCAUAUGAAGAAGUUUUCGUCAAUAAAAGAACCGCA